AUGUUAAAGCCACAAGUAAUCGAAAGUCAACAGAAUUUAAUUUGCAUGAAUAAACAUGACCUACCAAUUAGCCAGGUAGUGUGGGAUCCUAAACUAAAUUAUGAUCAACGAUUAUUGUGUACUCAGUGUGUUGAAGAUUAUGAGAGUGAAACCAGAACCAUGGGAUACAAAAAAGUAUUCUAAAUAAUAGAAGAAAAAUAAAGAAUGAAAAUUCAGGAAUAUGAGAAUUUACUUAUGCCUCACAUCAAUUCUGUAUUAUAAUUUCAAACAGCCAUUAAUACUCUUAAAUAAAACAUAAUAUAACAAUUAGAUUAACUAUAAAGGAUUUCUGAGGAUUGGAUAAAGAAUCUAGAAUCAACUAAAAAAGAAAUAUCUAAAUACUCAUUUUUUUAGGAAUUAGAUAAAUUAAUCAAAAAUGAAUAAAAUCAUUUUGAUGAAAAUAAACACAAAAAAGAAAUCUAAUUAAUCCAUACCGAAUGGAGCAAUCAAUUAACUGAAAAAUUAGAUUUGUUCAAAAAUUUUUAAUAAUACAAUGAUUGUCUAGAGAUUCUAAAGAAAAUAAAUUAAGUAGAGGAAUCACUCUAACUUUCUCCACCUCUUUCUCCAAUUAAAUUACUUUCAGAAAGAUUCUCAAUUAAACUACCAACUCAAUCCAAAUCAUCCAAUUAAUUAUCAAACCUACUUGGAAAUUCAUAAAUUUCAAAUAGUCCUUUUACAUAUUAAUUACUACCUUAAAUGAGUCAUAAACAAACAUAUUUUUGUAGAGCAAUAGCAAUCAAUCAUGAUAAUAGCUUAAUUAUAGUGGCCUGUAAUUCUAAUAUCAAAAUUAUGGAAAUCCUGUUAGAUUCAUAAUUAUAAUUAUCAUCAUCCACAAUAAACUCAAUAAAUGAAAUAGAAAUAAAAAAAACUCCAAAACUAUUAUAAUUACUACAAGGUGAGCAUUAAGAUUUUGUAAACACUCUUAAUUUUUUCAGAAAUACUCCUUCUAUGCUUAAUUCUUUUCUAUCAGGUUCAAAAGAUUCAACAAUAAUUAUUUGGUCUCCAACAAAUUUCUCUUCUUAAUUGUAACCUAUUUUAUGGGGUCCAUUAUUUAAAUUAAAUGGACAUUCUAAUAGUAUUAGAUGUUUGAUUAUUCAUCCACUUUCUGAGGAUCUAGUAAUUUCAGGUAGUGAUGAUAGUUCCAUUAAAUUUUGGUCAUGUGCAACAUUUUUCUAAUAAAAAUGUUAAUGGACAUGUUAAUAGACUAUAAAUGAACAUUUAGAUUGUGUUUGGGGAUUGUCUUUAAAUGAAGAUGGAAAUAAAUUAAUAUCCUGUGGUGAAGAUAAAUAAAUAUUAGUGAUGGAAUUGUCUAAUAAGUAAUAAUGGGAAAUAAAAUAAUAAAUUUAGGUUGAAAUCUAAGGGAUGCGAAUAUGUUUUAUAAAUAAUAAUUAAUUUUCUUUUUAAGCAUGUUCAGGUAAAGCAUUACCAAAUUUACAUAUAUAUACACUCAAUCCAUCUUCAGGAUUGUUUUCAAAAAGUAAAGAUAUCUUAGUGUAUGGAGGAGGACAACCAUGUGUUUUCUAUUUUCCUUAAUAGUAUAUUCCAUCUAAAUAAAUCUUAAUUUCAAAAAAUGGAUGCUAUGUGAAUUUAAUAAGAUUUUAAUUUUCCUCUUUUGAUGAAAUUUAAGAGAGUUAAUUAGAAUAAUCAAUUCACUUUGGUAUCGAAUGUGAUGGAGAAAUAUUUGGAACCAUAAGUGAAGAUGGGGAGUUUUUAAUUACUUGGGACUCCAAAUCAAAAGAUGUUCAAAUUCGAUAGUAUAUUGAGAGAAAGCAAUGA